AUGGCAUCCGGUUACACAAUUCGAACUCGUGGUGAGCUGGAUAGUGAAGCAAUGAAGCCGGGCAAUGCAAGCACUAUAUUUGAACUUCAAGGGCGCGCAGCGUCGGCCAGCCGUUGGACAACUGGCCAUCUCGUUCCUUUCCGUCUCAUCGCCUUGCCGAUGAAGCAACACUUGCCUGUGCUCUGGAGGACACAUCGUCAGAAUUGCCCUUCCGUUGAUCGCAAAGAAGUCGAUGUUCUUUGCGGCCGUAACCCAGAUCGUCUAACCAGACGCCUCGAGAGCGACCUGGAAACCGUCCCAGGCGGACCCUUUUGGGUUGCUCUCGCCGGAGCUCUCCGCAGGGCAGCCCAACAGGAGCCCGAGGCGCCCCAGAGUGGCAGACGCAUGAAUCCCCUUCGCAAUGCUAGGCCGUCGGUGGUCUCUGGACAGCUGGAAUACUUUGUACCCUCUGGCGAAAUGAGAGAUGAUGACGGUCUCGAUGCCGAUGAAAGCUACGAGUAUGACAGCUACUAUGCGCAUACGGAGGAUGUGGCGGUCGCCCUGGCUACGCGAUUUCUUUCCUUUGUUUUGUGCCGAUGUCUCAAUCAGUCUGGUUAUAUGGAGGUGCGCGUGCGCAUUGAGCCACAAGACGACGGCGGCAUCUGCGCCAUGGAACUCCAAGACAAAGGGUGGCAGAUGACGUUCUCUCGCGUGGCGAUACUUGAGGCGAAAAGAGGCUUAGGUCAUGUUGCCCGCGACCCGGCCACCGGUGAAUUUCAACCUGUAUCGACCAAUCUCUUACCUCAAUGUCUGGGCGAGGCGAUCAUCGCGUGGAAAAGCACCCCCAAAGAGGAGCGGAAUAACGAUGUGUUUCUACUCGUCAUCGUAAAUACCUUUUUCAGGCUGAUACACUUCCGCUUCGGCAGUGACUACUUGGAGUAUCUCGAUGCACCCGACCCCCGCAUGCAACUGUCCAUCGCCCUCGACCAAAAUAAGGAUAGUGCGGUGAUGAUGGAGAGCAGCAAGUGGUUUAAUCUUGAGGUACCUGGGCAUCGAAAGGCGGCUAUGUGCCAUGUUCUUGCAUUAGUCAGGUGGUUUCGUAUUCAUAGCUUGCGGGAUAGGAGCGCAGAGAAGACAGAAUCUGAUAGUUCAGACGUUUCAGACACUGAUAUAAGUUAA